AUUUUAGCCCUCAGAGCCGAAGUCGUGCAUCUGCCCCUGGUUCCUGGUCGAUAGAAGGCACCUUCUUUUUCUCCGUUUUCUCUUAUAGCUUUGCUCCCUCGCUCCUUGAAGCCCAGCAUUACCCACACUGUCGUUUCCCACUGCUGUCGCUCGUUCAGGACCUAGUGGCCCUUUAUGUACCAGUAAAUAAUAAUCUAUCUAAUCGACGUUUUCGUCAUCACAUUCGUUUAAGAAUUUCAAACUGCAAAAAUGGUUCGAAAAUUCGGCUCUGCUCUUAGAGCAUUGCUCUGUUCAUUCGUUACAAUUGAAGCUGCAAUCAUCCAAGAGCGUGCUCUCGUCACUCCGUCGAAACUCCCAGGGACUUGGGUGUCGAAAGGAUGUUAUGUAGACGUGGGACGCACACUUACCGGUGGUGGCUACACGUCGGCCACUGCAAUGACUGAUGAGUCUUGCAUUGCUUAUUGUGAGAAGGCUGGAUACAUUUACGCCGGCACUGAGUACUCUCAAGAAUGUUACUGUGGCGCUACUCUUGCCACUGGCGGCGUUGCAGCCCCUGCGGCGGACUGCAGUAUGGCGUGUACAGGAAAUGCUACAGAGGCAUGUGGUGGCCCCAGCAGAUUGAAUCUCUUUUGGAGUGGUACAUCUGGUCCGCAGUCAAAUCCCGGUGUGGGUCUAUGGAAAUUUAGUGGUUGUUAUGCCGAGGGGACAACCGGACGCGCGCUUACCAUCGCCCCUGCUACGGCUGGGGGAGCAGCCAACCUCACCAUCGCAAACUGCCUUUCAGCUUGCCAGACUGCGGGUUUUAACCUCGCAGGUGCAGAGUACGGCGGAGAAUGUUAUUGUGACAAUGCUAUUCAGAACGGCGGCAAACUGGCUCCAGGAGGUUUGUCUGACUGCAAUAUGCUUUGCAACGGCAAUGCGUCCGAAUUCUGUGGGGCCGGGAGUCGAUUAGAUGUGUAUGAUUUCAACAGCAAAGUCGUUUUGCCUCCAUACACAACCGUUACAUCUCAAACCUCGGCCAAAACCUCUACGACGACGACAAAACCGACGACAACAGCCAAAUCUACGAAACCGACCACCGCGGCCACAAGUACAAAACCGACAUCUACAGCAACCUCGGUUCGACCAACCUCGACUGGCCCAGCGAAUAAGCCAGCUGUCGGACCAUACUCGUACUUUGGUUGCCAAACUGAAGGAACCAAUGCCAGAGCACUUGCUGGUACAUCCACCGCGGCUGAUACAAUGACUCUUGAAGUAUGUCAGGCCUUCUGUACCGGGUUUACCUAUUUCGGCGUUGAGUAUGGACGCGAGUGUUAUUGCGGCAACAGCUUUUCAGCAGGAUCAGUUGCUGCUCCCCCAGCUGACUGCAGUUUCCCCUGCCCAGCAGAUGGAUCCGAACUGUGUGGCGCGGGCAAUCGGCUUUCAGUCUACAAGCUUGGCACGGUCACCGGCAGCACAUCAUCGACCAAAGGGACGACCAAGGGUACUACCUCAACCACGACGACAAAGGUCUCUGUCACAACCAGCCCUGCACAGACAGGAUUCCCUACCGGCUGGACUUACCAAGGAUGCUGGGUUGAUGGCGCGGCUGGCAAAAUCUUGACUCACCAACAGCCAAAUCAGCAGACCACGAAUAGUCUGCAAUCUUGCGUUGCCACCUGCAAGGCUGCCGGUUAUACAAUUGCUGGAACUGAAUACGGCGUGGAAUGUUAUUGUGACAACUUCGUUUACAAUGGCGCUGUUUUGGCAACGAACCAAGCCGAUUGUAACAUGCCAUGCCCAGGCGCACCAACUGAGAUGUGUGGAGCUGGAGGAAGAAUAUCAAUGUACUCAUUUGGCAUGCCUACAGUCUAUGCACCACCUGGACCUCAAACAAGUGGCUUGCCGGCAAAUUGGAAAUACCAGGGUUGUCUUCAGGACAACAUUGCUUCUAAAGAAGACCCUGGAGAAAUGCUCAACACAUUUCCUUACAUGGUUUCGGAGAAUCAAACCUUGAACGAUCCAUCCGCUUGCAUUGCUCAAUGCCAAAAAUUCGGCUUCAAUGCGGCUGGUCUGGAAUAUGGCAGUCAAUGUUUCUGUGGUGAUGUCCAAAACAUUUAUGUUGCGUCGGCUCCAUCCACAUUUACGGAUCCAACCAAAAUCCAACGCUACACCAGAAGUGCUGUGCCUCAGAUUGUCGCAGACGGCAAUUGCAACGUCCCCUGCGCGGGCAUGCCACAGUACUAUUGCGGUGCUGGAAAUUUGUUGAGUUACUACUCUUGGGUUGGGGCCACACCUCUCUACAAUUUCGGCAUGCCAACCGGGAAUGCUGCAGGAUCCUACUCCCUGUUGAUUGGUGGUGUAGUCGUACCGUUGAUCGUCUCUCAAGGCGUUAACGGCAAGGUCUCUUUCCUCGAAAAGCACGGAACUGGUGAAGCUAAUGGAACCGGUGCUUAUGAGUUGGAUUUGUCUCUCAUGACCGGUCUUCAAAGUGAUGUGUUCUGUGCCGCGGGGCUUACCCUUCCCGAUAAGGCAGGACGACAAUUGACAGCUGGAGGCUGGGCUGGUGAAUCCAAUUAUGGUAUCCGACUUUAUAUCCCAGAUGGCUCCGCAGGUGUCAAUGGAACGAAUCAAUGGGUCGAGGACACCGUUAAUCUCCAGCUUCAGGUCCCGCGCUGGUAUCCUUCGGGCUUGAUCAUGGCAAACGGGUCCGUCCUUAUUGUAGGCGGCGAGGUUGGACAGAACGCAGCCGAGCAACCUACACUGGAAAUUCUUCCUGCGACUGGCGUGCCAACCAAGACUACCUCAAGCGGCUAUUCUAACACGACAGUGUACUUGGACUUCCUUGCACGAACAUGGCCAUUCAAUCUGUAUCCCUUCAUAGCCGUUAUUCCUCAAGGUAUUUUCAUUGCAUACUACAACGAAGCACGUAUUUUGGAUGAGAAGACAUUUGCCACGAUCAAGACUCUACCAAACAUGCCUGGUGCGGUCAACAACCCCAAUGGUGGAAGAACUUAUCAGUUGGAAGGAGCGAUGGUCCUCUUACCCCAGUACGCUCCAUAUUCUGCUCCUCUCGGCGUAUUGAUUUGCGGCGGUUCGACGGAAGGCGGUGGGUACGCUAUCGACAACUGCAUUUCAACACAACCUGGUGCGGCAAACCCAACCUGGACGAUCGAGAGAAUGCCUUCCCGACGUGUCAUGCCUUGCAUGGCUGGUCUCCCUGAUGGCACCUAUCUCAUUCUCAAUGGCGGUGAACACGGUGUCGCUGGAUUCGGUCUUGGAGGCGUCCCGAACUUCAACGCAGUCCUUUAUGAUCCUGCCAAGCCCGUCAAUCAGCGCAUGAGUAUUAUGGCCAACACCACUGUUGCUCGCCUGUAUCACUCCGAAGCCACCACCCUCCUUGAUGGGCGUGUUCUCGUCUCUGGAUCUGAUCCGUCAGGACAAUACCCCACCCCAGCUGGAACUUGGCCAGAAGAAUACCGCAUGGAAGUCUUCACUCCACCAUAUCUGCUGUCUGGUCUCGCCCGCCCAACCUUCACGAUCACAAACAAGGACUGGAGCUAUGGUCAGACCGUUGCCUUCACCGUGACCUCUGGCGGAACGGCAAACUUGAAGGUCUCACUCCUCGGAUCAACAGUCUCGACCCACGGCAACUCGAUGGGCCAAAGAACAAUCUUCCCAGCAUUCACAUGCAACGGCAACGCCUGUACGGUCACCGCACCCCCCGAUGCGCAUACGAGCCCUCCCGGAUGGUUUAUGAUGUUCAUCUUGAACGGCCCAACACCAUCUGUUGGUGUAUUCGUCCGCAUUGGUGGUGAUCCUGCACAAUUAGGAAACUGGCCUAAGCUCCCUGGCUUUACGCUCCCAGGCGUGUAA